AUGGAUGAUCGCGUAAGAUUCUCUUAUUCAAGAGAGGUGCAGAGGGAAGCCGACAAGGAGGAUGCGGCGGAGGCGGCGGCGGCAGCACUCCCUCGUGCGAUUCAUCAUCGUCGGACAAUCCCACGAGACCAUACCGGAGCGCACCAGCGGCUGAUGGCAGACUACUUUGGCGAUAACCCCCGUUACCCACCAGAGAUUUUCCGUCGGCGUUUCAGAAUGUCGCAACAGCUCUUCACCCAUAUAGCGACGACACUGGCGGCGCGGUACAGGCAGCUUGCUUAUGCCGGACCGGCUGAUAUAUUCAACGAAUACCCACAGAUGGGUGAGAUGACUAGCCUAGAGGUGCUCUGGCAGUUUUGUAAGGGAAUCCGGGAAGUCUUUGGUCCGGAGUUCCUACGAAAGCCAACCUCUGAUGAGUGCCAGAGACUGCUAGAAAUGCACGGUUCGGUGUACGGUUUCCCAGGGAUGAUAGGCAGCAUCGAUUGCAUGCAUUGGGAGUGGAAAAACUGCCCGGUGAUGUGGAAAUGCCAGUUCACUACUGGUUUCAAAAGCAAACAUCCCUCGAUCAUUCUGGAAGUCGUUGCUGACUACCGUUUCCGGAUCUGGCAUGCGUAUUUCGAUGUUGCAGGUUCGAAAAACGUCAUCAACGUUCUACAGACAUCGCCUCUCUUCAAUGAUGAGUGUCGGGGGGAGGGUUCAGAAAUCAGAUUCGUAGCCAACGGCACACAGUACCACAGGGGAUACUAUUUGGCAGAUGGGAUAUACCCUCAUUGGCCAAUAUUCGUCAAGACAGUUCGCCAACUGGUUGGAGCAAAGAAACAAUAUUUUGCGCGAAAACAAGAGGCUGCUAGGAUGGAUUUUGAGCGAGCUUUUGGUGUGCUCCAAGCGCGAUGGGUCAUUACAUGA